AUGCCCAAGAAAACUCGCGUCGAAGACCCCUUUGGCACGGCCGACGAGAAUGAUCGCGUUGUCGAGCUUUGGUUUCACGCGCAGGUUCCUCCAAAGUUUUGGGAGAAGCAUGCUGGCACCAAUCUCAUGUUCGCAUCAAAUGUAAUGGGUGAGGAGGAACGAGCUCUGGCUUGCAAUUUGGUGGAGUCCGACAGCCCACCGGAGCCUUUCUCUAUCCGCUUCUUUCGUCGCAAAGUUAAUCUAGCACCCGGUGCUCUUCUUCAAGUUUGCAAUGAAACCCACAAAAUGACUGUGUAUAUCCGUAACUCUGGAAUGUUAGAAUCGGAUGUAGCCGCUCCGAAGCCGAGCAAACGUGGUGCAAAAAAGGAGCGGCCUAGAAAAGGUGAUGACUCAUUUUUCACGGACACCGUGGAAACUUUGACGUCACUUGAGUUUGAUUUUAUGGAUCUUCUCACAUCCUGUUCUGCAAAGUACCCCCUACAGGUGGAUGACGGUUCUCUAUUCCGUAAUUGCGUAAUGGAGAUAUGUUGCGCUGAGCCAUUUCUGCCUCCCAAGAGGUUCGACAGGUACCGACCACUGAAGUUUGAAAUCUGCUCACUCAACAAUCUUCCGGACCCUCGCACCCUCGAUACACCGUUGUCUGUGUCGGUAAACUUCGGUGAUAUAAGUAUUUCGUCGCCGAAGGUGAGCGUACCGCACAGCGGUAGGUCAAUAUUCCGUCAAAUAGUGUUUUUGGGUCAAAGCACCCCUCUGCAAGUAUACCGGGAGGCAUUUUUCAAACCAUUAGUUGUGACGCUUUUGGACGAUAAGGCGAACGCGAUUGGUAGGGGAUCCGCUUCUGUUCGGGAGUAUGUUACAGAUAAUCGGACAACGUUCAGUGAAAUGGUGCAUCUCUUACCGAUCCGAAGUGGUCUGUACGGCUGCGUUUGUCUGACUGAGGGUACGUUCGUGCUGCUCAAACUAGAUUUUUUUUCCCCCUUACCGCCUUGCUGCCACGUUUACAGCGAUGGACGACCGGCAUAUGGGCAUUUCCUUACUCGUGGUGUUAUUCGUAUGCCAUACAUGACACGGUGGGCAGGCGCCGUUCUGAGCACGUUUAUUGCCACCCUUCUGGAGACUAAGAGACCCACGGUGAAUGACGACGUAUACCAGCGGAAAGCUCCGGUCGUUAAACCGGAGGUUCCAUCUGUGAAGGAGAAGAAAAAGGAACUCAAGCAGCAUAAGGGCCAACAGGUAGUGCCACAGCGCCCACCUUCACCGCCAUCGCCCUUCAGUCUUCCAUUUGAGGUUGUGACUCCUCCUGGCAUUAGUGGUGUUGAAGUGAUGGAUGACGACACGAGGAUUUUUUGUAUCGAGGGGCCCGUUUCGGAAAUUCACAAACUGUUCGAGCGAAUGAGCGCGGCGUCGGGGCACGAUCCUCAGUUGGUACUCCUCAUGAACGCGGAGCUAUUUAUUCCACAGCGCGAAUACCUAUCUUUUCCGCCACUUGUGACGCUACCGCCCUCGUUUGAAUGCUUGGAUGCAAACAUGGAUGCAAAGGGGGAGUCAGCUCUGGGAGAUACACCAGAGGCUAAUGCCCUUGGGGCCACCCUUUCCUGUUCUGAAGGUGCCGCCGUGUCACCCCGACCCACAGAGUUACCAGGACGGCCUCCGUCAGAACAGGAUGCAAGUAUCGAAGACAGUUUCGAUACAGGAGAAGUGGAGGCAAACGGAACUGGGGGUCGAAUUCAUCGCGUCCGUAUUUCAGCAACCAUCGCGUCGCUAGUAUCCCAUCAACGCCACCUGCUGAAACGGAGUUUGUCGGAGAGUUGCAUCGCUUGUUAUAGUAAGCUCGACGCCAUAAGCAGUUGUUCGCAGCUGCGCCAAGUUGUUGAACGUGAUCUUUUCCCAACUCCAGAAGAGGUGCUCGCCUUGGAGCGGUCAUUCGGUCGCAUGCUGGGUCUGCCCGACGUCUUUGGACGGGAGGAGUUUGUUAAUGUCACCAACAAUGUGGACAUGGAAAAUUUUGCGUACCAGGGGGAAGUACAAGAAACCGCGGCAGAUAUCGAUCUACAUGCUUUAGAGGAGAAGGAUGUUGGAAAAUGUGUUGUGUUUGAUGCUAUUCGUUCUGGUUGCUGCAGACGACUUCCUCCCUUUGUCGAGCAGCGGUUUCCUCAUGCCUGCUGGAUGCGCGUGGUGAGCACCAACAAGAAUGUCUUGUGUGCCUUUCCCGUGAAUUCACAACCAAGCCGAAGCAUCCGUUACCGCGUAGAGGCGGAAAUUAUUCGUAUGAAUGGUAGUCUUUUUAUCUUUGCUCUCAAGUCCACCUCGCUCGCCAAGGGGUUUACAGACUCACAUAAUCUGUCGUAUGAGGCUCGUUUAGCUGCAUCGUUACGAGCAAAGAAACGUCGGUCAUCUAGUUUGCAAAGGGGAGGAGCACUUUCACUUGAAAUAUUGGCUUUGGAGCGUUCUCUGCAGCGCACGGAAACGAGUGGCGCUACUGGUGAUGAUUCUUCUGAGUCUCCGCGGAAGGAUGCAGACACCAGGGCGAGGACUCAAGUCGCUGCUUCCCUGGGGAAAUAUCCUGAUUCCAAACGGCGGCACAUCUUGCCAGUGUGCUUGAAGCCCAGUCGAGAGGAGCAGCGCGAGCAGUAUGCCUUGUGUUGGGAAAUUUACCGCCGAAGGGCCCCGCAGGAGCGGCCAAAAUUACCCAAAGGACCACCGAUGCGUUUUUGA